AUGUGCAAGACUGUUCGCAAGUGCGCAAGUUACACAGAAUCAGAGGAGAUUUCCGCAGGCGCGCACGCGCAGGUGCGAAGGCAGAGUGGGGCAAGUGAAUUGCGCAGAUGUGUACUUUUUCCGCACAAGCGCACCCGCAGAAAUUCUUGUUCUUUAUUCGUAUUCAGGACACGUGUGACCCUUAAGAGAGAUGGUGUUUUCUUGGAUUUGGUUCCCCUUCCCACAAAGGUUAAUAAUUUACUAUUUGGACGAACCUGGGUUGAUUCGCCUGGGGAAAUGAUCAUGACAAAUCAGACAACCGGGGACAAAGCGGUGCUCUAUUUCCAACCUUGUGUUUGGUUUGGGGCUGGACGUUAUGAGGUUGAUGGUUAUGUUUAUAAUGCUAAUGAGGAACCUAAUAAGAUACUGAUGACUGGAAAAUGAUUGAGUUACCAACCCUGUGACAUGGAGGGUGAGCCUCUUCCUGGCACAGUGCUAAAAGAGGUUAAUGUCUGGCCAGCUUUUCUCAUUGAAUGGAAUUUUGUUCUAUCAUAUGCCAACGUUAAUUUGAUAAACCCCACUUGUGGGAUUUACACCUAUUUUGCGCAUAAAAUAAACAGUUUCGAUACUGCUUCCAAGAAGUUGUUAGCAUCCGAUUCUCGGUUGCACCCCGAUAGAGCUGCACUUGAAAAAGGGGACCUAUCCAAAGCUGGUGCUGAAAAGAGCAGUUUGGAGGAGAGUCAGAGAGCUGAAAAGAGAAAUAGAGAGGCACAAGGACAUGAGUUCAAACCAAGAUGGUUUGAUAUGACCGAUGAAAUUGCACCAACACCAUGGGGUGACUUGGAAAUCUACCAGUACAAUGGCAAGUACACUGAGCAGGCUGAUGCUACAUUUUUGCAUGCACAAUUGGAUGUUCUGGUUGUGGGCUGACCUUUCUGUGUAAAAGAGAAGCAAUUGUUGUUUGUGUAAUAUGUACAUUGUAACACAUUUUAUAGUCUUGUUUUAGGGUUGUCGCUUUUCUCUUUUUAUUUUUCCUCUUCCUGCUCGCCAGAUCAGAGUGUUGUUUUAGUUGAAAAUUAGCAACCUCAGUUUA